UAGCCACGCCUAUAGAGGCCCGCAAUUGGUCCAGAAAGCGUAAAAUCAGCAAUCAAAGGGAUUUGGUUCAUUAAGUGGGGGUCGAGGCAGGAAGGAUGUGUGAGAUUGGUCCCAGACCCGCAGUGAACGGGGACACGUCUCUCCUGUCAGUGUGGGAUGACUGAAGCAAAGGAACGGUUCACUUCCUUCGGAGGGAGACUGCGCAACUGGGAUCUGGCAACGCUCCGCGCAUCACACUAAAGGAGGAGAGACUAUAAGGAAAUCGAGCAGAAAAUCGAAAUGUUUGAGUAACAUGCAGUGUAACGGUCAAGGCCAUUGUACUGACACUGAUUAAGGUAGCCAAUAGCGAUUUAAUAACAAUUUUUAUUUAGAUUUGUUUUUUGUUUUUUUGAUGCACCGAUGAGAGAUCCAUCUUUUACUGGGACUGAAAUGGCAUAUCACCCUUUCCACGCGCACCGGCCCACCGACUUCCCUAUGUCCGCUUUCUUAGCGGCUGCUCAACCCUCUUUCUUCCCGGCGCUCAGCCUUACCCCUGGGGCACUCACCAAGUCUAUCUCGGAACACAGUUUAGCUGGCGCGGAAACGGGACUCCACCCGGCGCUGGACCACCACCACCAGGCUGCUCAAAUCCCCAGCAAUAAAAGCUUGGAGCCUGAAGGAGAAGUGGACGAUGAUCCUAAAGUUACUUUGGAAGCCAAGGAUCUUUGGGACCAGUUUCAUAAACUCGGCACUGAAAUGGUUAUUACGAAAUCGGGAAGGAGAAUGUUUCCACCGUUCAAAGUGCGAAUAAAUGGACUAGACAAAAAAGCAAAAUAUAUUUUGCUAAUGGAUAUCGUGGCAGCGGAUGACUGCCGCUACAAGUUUCACAACUCCCGCUGGAUGGUCGCGGGCAAGGCCGACCCAGAGAUGCCGAAGAGAAUGUAUAUCCACCCGGACAGUCCAGCCGCUGGGGAGCAGUGGAUGGCCAAGUCUGUUGCUUUUCAUAAACUGAAACUCACCAAUAACAUAUCAGAUAAGCACGGAUUUACCAUCCUAAAUUCAAUGCACAAGUAUCAGCCAAGAUUCCACAUUGUGCGGGCCAACGACAUCUUGAAGCUCCCUUACAGCACAUUUAGAACAUAUGUUUUUCCGGAGACUGAGUUUGUGGCUGUGACAGCAUAUCAGAACGACAAGAUAACACAACUUAAGAUUGACAACAAUCCAUUUGCCAAAGGAUUCAGAGACACUGGGAACGGAAGAAGAGAGAAAAGGAAACAAUUAAGUCUGCCAUCGUUGCGGAUGUUUGACGACCAGCGCAGGGAUUGCGGGGACUCAGAUGCGUCAAGUGAAACUCCAACUGUUCGAGACGCCAUUCAUUCCCCACUGGGAGCGGGUAGAAGAACAAUGAUGUUAUUCCCCAAAUGCAAACAUGUGUAUUUUAGGACGUAUUUCCCUAUUGCAAUUUACGGAUACACUCGUAUGCAUGCCUCUGAAUUUAUUUCCCCUUCCAAGACUUUCUAACUAAGGCACUUUUAGGCUUAACGCGAUUCCCGAAUUCUGGUCCGCAUAAAAUCGAGGUUCUGCUGCUUUUCCUUUAGUGC